CGGACCAUGAAACUGCCGGCACUCUUCCUCAGUUUAUAGUCACAUACACAAAAACAGUGAACAAAAAACACCAUGCUUCUUCUCCGGCGAUCCUCUCACCUCUUCAAGCGCUUCUUCUCAUCGCACCAAGCCCUCGACGAUGCCGGCCCCAUGGCUUGCCCACUCUCCUCCCGCUCCGUCAUCCGGUUCACUGGCCCAGACACGCUCAAGUUCCUCCAGGGCCUCCUCACCAACGACGUCCGGGCCCUCGCUGGGCUUGCCGCCGGCGAACACUCUGGGCGGACCCUUAACGUACCCCAGCGUUCCUCCCCACCGCUGUAUGCUGCCCUGCUUACUCCUCAGGGGAGGUUUCUCUACGAUCUCUUCCUUUUCCGGCCUCCCCGUCAGGAAGAGCAGCUGGACCGGACGGGGUCGGGGCCUGGAUCUAGUGGAUCGGAGGAGGUCGUGGAGCUUCUUGCUGAUGUCGAUGCUGCGGUCUUGGAUGAGAUCCUCGAUUGCUUCAAAAGGUAUAGGUUGAGAUCCAAAGUUGAUAUAGAGAACGUGGCAAAGGAGUUCUCUUGCUGGCAGCGCUUCGGUGGUCGUGCUGUGCCAUCAUCUGGUCAAGACCCUGAGGCUGCAUCUGUUGGCUGGGGAGGUGGGAUUGAUAAGGCUAGUGUAUCUUCUGCAGAGGCGUCUGAGAUUGGUUGGCAAUGGUUCGCCGAUCCUAGAUUGGAUUGCCUUGGAUUCAGGGGAAUUUUCCCCUCCAGCACUCUUCCACCAUUGGUCGAGGCAGAUAAGGAAGCAGAGGAAGAACAUUACUUGCUAUGGAGACUGGAGAGAGGAGUUGCGGAGGGUUCAACAGAAAUUCCAAAAGGUGAAGCUAUACCUCUUGAGUAUAAUCUUGCUGCAUUAAAUGCCAUCUCCUUUGAUAAAGGGUGCUAUGUCGGCCAAGAGCUAGUUGCUCGAACACACCAUCGUGGUGUUAUCCGCAAGCGCUUGGUUCCAUUCAAGUUUGUUGUUGAUAAUGGAAAGGAACUGGAGCAAAAGGUGUCUCCUGGGUCAGAAAUAGUAGAGACUAGUUCUAAAAAAAAGGUCGGCACUGUCAGCACUGCCCUGGGCUGCCGGGUGAUGGGCCUAGUGAAGUUGGAAGAGGUUUUCAAGCCUUCACCUGCUUUAAGUAUCAGAGAUAACAAUGUGAAGGUUAAGGCUAUUAAACCAGAUUGGUGGCCAGCUGACUGGGUGCAGGUACAUGAAGAUAAAAGUUCAAUUGCUUGAGUGAGAUACGGAUAAAUUUAUCACUUGAGAUCUUAGACAUGUUCAAUUCUCUAACAAAUAAUGCAAUGCUAAGUUUGUCCAAUGCCUAGCAGUGUUGCAGAAUGAGAUCGCAGAUCACCCUUAUGAGACAGCCAUCUUCCAGAAUGUCCUUGUGUUGUUGCAUCACUCUCUGGAAGUAUGUUCCAUCAUAAGUCUACUCUUUUAAGAAGGGUCUAAUGCAUUUAUUUUUCCAUGUAGUUUAUGCCAUGCUCUUUUGAGAUGUAACAUUUGUUGAUGCCAAUGAUAUAAAAUCACCCAUUAACAAUUUAACAACUCGUAGCCAUGUCAUUCAUGGUUCUAAUCAGACUGAAAAGUUUUUCAAGGAAUUGG